ACUGAGAGGAAGGGGGUGAAACUGGACCAAGAGGUUAUUCACUCUACAUUCUCAUCAAGCCAAUGCUUCAUCCGUACCAUGUGGUAUUUAUAGCGUAAAAUCCUUUAAGGAGACAUGGUAAAGCUUAGGAGGACACGAGAGACGAUGUGGGGUGUCCUGGUUCUGUGGCUGUGGGCAGCCCUGCCAGGGCUGCUCUGGGCAUCGCACCUGUUCCUGGAACGCGACAGCAACACCUCCAGCAUCUGCAAGCCUGCGCCUCACUGGAAGGUCCAAGGACAGAGCCCUAUGGAGGGGCUGCUGGGAGAUGUAGUCAUAGUAGCUCUGCUGAAGGCCAGCUGACACUUCUGUCUCAUUCAGGCCUCCAAACUCGGGGGUCUGCGUGAGCGCGUGCUGCGCAGCAACAUGACAGGUGUGUCGUUCCUGAUUGUGAACGAGCAGGACGCCCAGUCCAGAGCCAUGUACUGGGAGCUGAAGAGGAGAGCGCCCCCCGGCAUGCCCGUCUACCAACAGUCCCCCCUCCAGGACGACGUGUGGGAGGCCCUGAGCGGAGACAAGGAUGACUUCCUGGUCUAUGACAGGUGUGGACGGUUAACGUUCCACAUUGUCCUGCCAUACAGUUAUCUCCACUACCCCUAUGUGGAGGCAGCAGUCAGAGCCACCUACCAAAAAGACAUCUGCAACUGUACUAAGGACUUCCUUUCGAUAAUGUCAAGUCGUCGUGGGAACAACACCCAGAGCAAUGACACGACGAGCAGCACAGAGAUAAGUGGCUUCAUUGAGAAUGACAACCUUACAAACCCUAUCACAGUCAGGACUACAGUACCCACAAGUCUCAACAGUGCUGCUCCAGGUGUAGAUGUGCAUUCCAAUGUCUCCGUGGCAGACGAGGGGGGUAACGCACCCCACAUUCAUCAUCAUCAUCCUCAUCAUCAUCAACAGCACAGUCAACAUCAUGGCUCUCACAGUGACAUGCAGCAAGUCUUAAAUUAGAAGACUUUUCACUGACCUGGAGUAACUGCAGCAUCAGGCGUAUGUAAUAUGUAAAUUAAUUGGAAAUCAACGUGAUGUAUCUGCACGUAUUACCAUAUUAUUUUAAUAUUUCAGUUAGUCAGGGACUUCUCAACAACAGGUGUUUUGUGUAUCUUCUCACCGUCAGUGUUGACUUUUGGUAAUUUGAUACGUGGAAAUGUGAUCUAAGAACAGAACUGGAUAUGGAGUUGUUUAGCCACCGGUAAUGUCCACCAGUUCCUCCAUGUGGUGAGGUGACACGGUCUCUCUUGUGCAGUUGAUGAAGUUUGUGGGUCAAACCACAGAGAGGUGCCUGCAGACGGAUGGUUUGCACGAGAGACCAGGCCUGACCGUCACCCAGCCAGGACUGGGACACUGGGAGAAUGAUUUGAAAAAAGGACAUGACUUGGGUCUGUUUUAAACCCCCACACAUUUGGGGAAAAGUGCAUACAAACCAUGUCAACUGUCGCAAAAUGUUGUGGUCUGCUUGGAUAAUACUUUAUUAGUGGAGUGUGUGUAUGUGUGUUCCAAUAAACUUGAGAAAAUCAUAAAUUAUGAAUGGAU